UGGAUAAACCCUGUAAAAAUGUCAAUCUCCUUCACUCACCAUUAGCACACUGGAAAAAUGCUAUCUUCAGUACAAACUCCUCGUCUUCUCCGUUUUCAAUCCUUCACUCUCAAAUGUCUUCACACCCACCCCACCACUACCCCACCACCCCCACAUUCUCAAAUUCUCACAAUCCGCAAAUCCCUUUUAUCCCGUGAAAUCUCAGCCGUUGAUCUCGCCGGAACUUUUUUGAACCGGUUACGCAAUACUGAACCCCAACUCAAGAGCUUUCUGUAUGUAUCCGAUGUCGUAUUGAAGGAAGCUGAGGAGAUUGAUAGGAAGAUUGCGGAGAAUGAGGAAUUGGGUCCGCUUGCUGGGGUUUUGGUUGGGGUUAAGGAUAAUAUUUGUACUUCUGAUAUGCCAUCAACUGCAGGGUCAAAGAUUUUGGAAAAUUAUCGACCCCCUUUUGAUGCUACUGCUGUUGGGAAGAUGAAAAAGUGUGGUGCAAUUGUUAUUGGGAAAACGAAUAUGGAUGAAUUUGGUAUGGGGAGUACUACUGAAGGCUCGGGUUAUCAGGUGACAGCUAAUCCUUGGGAUUUGUCCCGGGUACCAGGUGGUUCAUCAGGGGGCUCAGCUGCAGCUGUUUCUGCUAGACAAUGUAUGGUAUCAUUGGGUAGUGAUACUGGUGGAAGUGUAAGGCAACCAGCAUCUUUCUGUGGUGUUGUUGGUCUAAAGCCAACAUAUGGGCGUGUCUCCAGAUAUGGACUUGUGGCAUAUGCUUCAUCUCUAGAUGUUAUCGGUUGUUUUGGUUCAUCCGUUACUGAUGCGGCCAUUCUCCUUCAUGCAAUUUCUGGUCAUGACAAGUUUGACGCAACAAGUAGCAAAAAAGAAGUUCCCGAUUUUGCUUCCCAAUUUAUUGCAAGAAAUCAUUUGGACUCUAAACCUCUGAAAGGACUGAGAGUUGGUCUGAUCCGGGAAACCAUUGAAGGUGGAGUUGACCCGGACGUAAUUUCUUCAAUCCGUGGUGCUGCAAGUCAUCUUGAAGAACUCGGAUGCACUGUCACCGAGGUCUCUUUGCCAUCCUUCUCUCUUGGAUUGCCAGCUUACUAUAUCCUUGCUUCAUCUGAAUCUUCUUCAAAUUUGUCCCGUUAUGAUGGUAUCAGGUAUGGGAAACAAGUUUUUGCUGAUGAGUUAAACUCCCUUUAUGGGGAAUCUCGUGCCGGAGGCUUAGGUUCUGAGGUGAAAAUGAGAAUCCUAAUGGGGACAUAUGCUCUGUCUGCUGGUUAUUAUGAUGCAUAUUACAAGCGAGCCCAGCAGGUCAGGACUUUGGUAAGGGAAAGCUUCAGGGCAGCAUUAGAUGAGAACGAUAUUUUGAUUUCUCCUGCUGCACCAUCAGCAGCUUACAAAAUUGGUGAAAAGAAGAACGAUCCGUUGUCAAUGUAUGCUGGUGAUAUUAUGACUGUCAAUGUGAACUUGGCUGGUCUUCCAGCAUUAGUUCUCCCGUGUGGAUUUGUUGAUAGCAGUUCUGUGGCCCUUCCCGUUGGUGUUCAGAUGAUUAGUGCUGCAUUUGAAGAGGAGAAAUUGCUUAAAGUAGGCCAUAUCUUUGAGCAGACACUGCAAGGCUGCUCUUUUAUUCCUCCUCUAGUUGCUGAUGAAUUGGGAUGCUAGUCGUGAAUUCUUGCGCGCAGUUAUGUUCCAGUUAAUCAAUGCAACGAUUUCACGCAAAGUGACUGCAAAAUAGCACCAUGGUGCAAAGCUCUGUGCUGACAAGAAGACGACAGGUUCGUCUAUCUAGUAUCAAAUGAUCCAACAAACCUUCCAGGCUCGUGCCACUGUUUCCAAACGAAUCGUUACGUUCAGAAAACUUUCUUGUGCUGGAUUUUUUUUGUAGGAUUGGCGCGUAAAGAUAAGCGCCAAUCGAAAAUUCAUAAGAACUCUCAAUAUCUGAGAUACUUGUAGCUUAUUGCAAGCAAAUUCUUUUUGUAAAUUAGCAUGCAUCAAUUUUGAAAACUUUGAUGUAUACAUUUAUGUCAUCUUUAUUUUCUGCAAAGUUGAUUUCAAGUUUUUGCCCUUGA